UUUAUAAAUGUAUUGAAGUUAAAGAAAACAUCCAGAAAACCAACAUGUUGAAAUUGCUGAAGAUUAGCUGUAUCUGGAUUUGCCUUAUCUCCAGUCUUUUUGGACAAUUUCAUUUCUCUACAGCAGGAACUGUGUCACUAGAUUAUGUGGAUGAUCAUGAUCAAUUGUCAUAUGAUUUGGAUACACAGCAAUCCAAGGCAAAAUAUGAUACGCGAUUGUUAUCAGAACAAAUGCGUAAAGAUCAAAAAGUGGUCAAAAGUUCUGAAGAGGAUAUGGAUAAGCAUAUAGGAAGUAAUGAAGAACUUAAUCAAAGUGAUGAUAUGGAACCGCAUGAGAGAGCGGCAUCAUGUCAUUCUGGUGGUCGAAAAUAUACACAUGGACAAAAGGUGCCACGAUUGGACCCUUGCGAAGUGUGUCUGUGCAUGGAUGGUGAAAUUUUUUGCUGGUGGGAAAUUUGCGCCAAGCAAGCACAAAAAAGCACAACACCGUCAUAUGUCAGUACAGUGGAGUAUACCACCUAUUCGAAAAAGGAAUACAAACCCACUAAAUCAAAUGCAAAUACAACAAAAAAACAACAUAAGAAAUUAAUUGCAAAUGAAAAUGAUAAAAUCCAUCACAAAGCCAAACAGCAACAUAAAAAGAGCAACAAAAUGCUGCACAUUGCAAAGAAACUAAAGAAAAAGUUACAUCAACAGCAACAACAGCAAAAGUACAAUGAACAUGAAUGUUUUAUUGAGGAACAACAACAGAAACAUCAGCAGCCACAUGCGUUACAAUAUCAACAACAUCAACAAAAGCAACAACUACAACAGCAGCAGCAACACAAACAGGAACAACAUAGUCAUGCGACAAGCAAAAUUUUGAAUUUUCCAGAAAAUUUACCUUCGGUAUUAUAUUAUGAUUACAAAACAGAGGAACACCAGCAUCAUCAACACCAGCAUCACCAACAACAUUUGAAACAUCAACAGGAGCAACAACAAAUUAGAUAUCAGCAAAUGCACCAACAACAACAGCGACAACAACCACAACAGGAAUAUGAAGAACAUAUCAACAACUAUGAUGUAACUACAUUAUCGCCAGCAUAUCAGAGUACGAAAAAUGACAAUGCAUUUGCUGAGAUGGAAACUGACAGUGACAUCCUACCGGAGCCUCCAACAAAGAAGCCUAAAAUGACAGCAACCGCCACAACAACAACUACCAAAAUGACAACUCAAACAACAUCAAUUAAAAGUAAUUUUAAUGUUUAUCGUCCAAAUGAAAGCAUAAAUCGAAAUAAUAAUGACGAUGUCGACUAUCUGAAGGACGAACACAGAAGUUCUCGUAAAUCUUUUUCAGAAGAUGCCAACAUGUCAGAGACAGUGAAAAGAGUCGAUGCAGACCUCUUCAAUAACGAAAAUAAUUAUGAAAAGAAGUCAAAUGAUAAUACAGAAGCUCACAAUAAUAACAAUGAUAAUUACAAUAACAACAAAAGUCACGAGGAGCAGGAUGAUGCCUUUCAUCGUUGGCUUACUUCCACUGAAAAAAAUAAAAAACCUGGAAAACAAAUCAGUGAUGCGGAUGUCAAUAGCAACUAUGACAAUGAUGAAACAACAGUUUUUGAUUUAACAGACACGUCGGAUAAUAAUAAUCUGAAUGAAAAAGACAUAUCAGCAAAUAGGAAAACAUAUGAGACCGCAGAAAUGCCUCAAACAAAAAAUGCGGAAAAUGGAUUUUUUCGCAGCUCCUUCAAUGAUUACAGUAGUGAAUUCAAUGGGAGUGUCGUAAAUAUUGACAUUUUGCUAACAGCAGCAGAUGACCCACAACAUUCGCAAACAAUGCAAAAACAAAAGGAUGAACAGCAACAACAAUUGGUAUUGCCAAAUGAUGAGGAAGUGCAGAAGGAGUCGAUAAUUGUGGAAGCGGAUUUAAUAUCGAAUCCGACCAGUGCAAAAACAUUGCCAACUAUUCCAAAUACAAUACAAGCAACUGUAGUAAGCAACAACAACAGCAAGCACUUACCCACAAUGCCAACAGUCUUCUCUGCAAUGGCAACAGUUAUAGCGACAACAGAGAAUAUUGCGGAUUUCGCAAACAAACUUAAUUCGGUGACAGUGACAACGACAAGUAAUCUUACAACAACAACAACACUAAGCCCCGAUAGAAAAUGUAAUGUAAUGGGCACGUUGUAUAAAAUCGGCGAUGUGUUGCCACAGGAUACAGGAAAUUGCCUGCAAUGUAUUUGCACAGAUGGCUCCACCGAUGAUGAUACACCGCGUGUCACUUGUAGUCCGCAUAACUGUCCACCGCUUGUGCUGCCAGACUUAUUUGAUGCUACAGGAUAUUAAAAUAUCACGCAAUUUGCCAACAAGCGCAGGAUGACAAAGCAGGUUAUGUUAUUUUUGAAUGAAAUCAUCACAGCAGGAGUAUAUCCACAUAUAUAAUGGGAAGCUAUAAUAAAAUAUCUAAAUAAUUAUUUAAAAGAAAUGAAAUCAUAAUAUAUAAAA